GUGAAUCCGGAUAAACAGUAAAGCCGUCGAUGUGCCAGCGACCGGUUGUUAUACGUCCUGAGAGAUGAACUGACAACGUUUACAGCUCUUCACGAUCUCUCCUUAAGUUAUUGUGUUCCUCGUUCCGUUGAUGUGAAACUUGUUCGAGUGUUAUUUUCGAGUAAUUUGAUUUUUGUGGCCACCAUGCUGACUUCGGCUAGCAAUCAGUACCUCAGACCGGAGUAUUUGACACCCCUUCCAACCACGUUGGACGCUAAAAAGAGUCCCUUGGCUCUCCUAGCCCAAACAUGCAGUCAAAUUGGAGCUGAUGCCCCUAACUCCAAGCUCAUUCAAAGCGCUGAAAAAUCCAGCAAGAGCAACAAAACAGAAACAUCUAAAGAGAAAACGAACAACUCUUCGAACUCAGACAAUCACCACAAGCUUAGUUUCAAAUCGUACGAUGGAUCUUGCCCGUCUAGAGAAAAAUCCAGAUCUCCCGAAGACAGAUCGAGCACAGCUUCUAGCGGAAGUAGAGUUAGAACGCCUGUAGCGUCCAAGAAUGGUAGCAAUCGUUGUGCCAGCACCAACAGCGCUUCAUCCCCAAGACCUCCGUCUACGUCUGACAGAAAAACGCCAGCGAAUGAAAACCAUAAUGGUAGCGAUAGGAAUUCAGCAUCUCCAGAGAGGAGCCAUGAAAGGAGUAGCCCUAGAACGCCUUCAUCAACUGCCUCUAAGACUGCGUUUACUCCUAACAUUCUGACUUCAUCUUCUGAUCCAGCUAUUAAAGAUCUUCCACUGGGAACAUUCAAACCUGGAGUGCCUGUUUCUUCGCCAUACCUACCAAGUUAUCCGCCAGGUUUUCCUGGAAUUCCCGGUUUGCCAAUGGAUUUUAUGACCAGCAGUCUGAUGUCGCAGCAUCACGCUAUGAAGAACGGUGGACUGAAUCCAUAUUUCAGUUAUGGAAGGCUCAAAACUACAGACUCAGUGUGCCGCGAUCCUUAUUGUACAGGAUGUAGCGUAAAUUCUCACCUGCUAACUCCGUCUAGUGUGGGAAGUGUCAAAACUGGUGUUUGCCCAGCUGGUUGUGCCCAAUGUGAUCAUGCCAAAGUGCCAACUUCUUCUCCUUAUCUUGGACAUAGUCAAGCAGCCGCCGCUUACGCUCACGCUCAACUAGCAGCUUUGGCGGCGGCUUCACACCUCCCAUAUGUUUGUAAUUGGAUAUCUGGUGAUGCCGCUUACUGCGGCAAACGUUUUUCUAGCUCCGAAGAACUUUUAUCUCAUUUAAGGACUCACACAAGUGUUAACUCAGUUAGUGAAGCGAGUAGUGCAUUAUCCAUGUUAAGUAAUGCAGGAAUACCUCCCUCACACCCUUUGUUCCACAGAACCUACCCUACACCACCCCUUAGUCCCUUGGCAACCGCUAGGUUCCACCCCUAUUCCAAACCUCCGCUACUACCACCUUCCUUGACAACUUCUCCGCUGUCAAGUUUUCCUUUAUCUCAUCCAGGGUUACCACCAUACUUAUCACCGUAUUCUCUGUAUGGCCCAAGAUUAGGCUCAUCGCCAAGUAUGCAUCCCUAAACUUAGGUGGAAAAAUACUAGAGAAGCCAAAUAAAUGCUGUGUUAAUGUAGACUUCUAAUCACUAGUCUCUUCUGAACAUUUCUGUCGCCACGAUUUUCAUUUGUGGACUUAUAUGUGUGAUAUUAUGUAUAAUAACAGAGAACUCGCCAAACUUAAGAACUUGAACAAAGAUUGUCAGUUUUCUCCUCAGUAAAUAUGCUCACUAUAUUAGGCAGAGGAGUUGACGUAAAUCUGCUAAAUAUCCGAUCAUAACUGAAGAUUUUUUAUUGUACAUAUUAUAUUUAUUCCACAUUUUCAUGAUGAUCGGGUAGAUACUGACAAUUAUCUGGUAUAAUCAGCUCCAAUAGAGAAUUAUGAUCUUGGGAUGGCGAGAUCCUGUCAUUUUCUAUUUUCGCCAGAGAAUUCACUUGGCUCGUGAUGUUGAUAUUGGACUGUUUUGACACUAUGUAAUAUAAAUUUGUCCGUAAUCGAGUUGUUCUUUGUAAAUAUAUUUCUUAAUCAUAUCAUAUAUUGUACCUAUUGUAACUGAAUGAAGAAAAUGACUAUUUUUAUUGUUAAUAACUUCGCAAAUGUGUUAUUUUAUUUCUUUAUUUGAAAAAUAUUAAAUAUUCUUCGAAAUGA